ACGCAAGGCGUGAGGGAUGCGGUCACACCCCCUCGUCUUGUCUCUGUACGCCCCCGAGACCCGUGGGCGAACAACAAUACUUAAGGAGUUAGAUGCAGCCCACCUUAAAGCAUUUAAUAUGAUAUAGAGACCAUAUAAUCUCUAAAGGAACAGUCAGUGAUACAUGAGUCCACAGAUUAUCAGCAUCUUGAGGAUCUUAACUAUGGAUGAAGAAGGAGACACCAACUGAGGGGGAGAAUAACAGGGGUCCAUUUAAGAUGACACGGACGGAUCCCCCUGACAUAUUAACAUCAACUUUGUAUCGAGACAUAAAAAUUGGUCGUAACUGUGGGCUCUCAAAGUAUUCUGGAUCUUCUAAGCAAUGUGAUUCCCAAAUGGUUGGCCCACUGGAUCAAAACUUUGAAACCAUUAACAAAAGACAUUGCCGUAGCUUUGACUUUAUUGAGUCAUUGGAUGACCCAAAGGACUUUUCCUCGUCCAUGGAGUAUCCUUACAGGUCUGAUCAGAAAACAGUAAGUAAGGAUGCAGUCUGGAAUGGCAUUGGACAGCAGGGACAUUUACGUUUUUCCUCACCAGAUCUGUUCAACUCACGACUCAGCCAUCAACAAAUUAGCACAGACAAAACCAAUGAGGCAGCAAGGACUAGUGUUCAUGGCAAGCCUCGCUCAAAAAGUGCUCCAAGGGUUCGAGCCACCCUGACUCCUGUACCCAUCACAGUCUCUCCACCUGCAACCAAGAGGCGUCAAUCUCCAGUGGACCCCCAGAAGAGAUCUGAAUGUUUGCCAAAUCGAGAAGCCUCCCGUUCAACCAGGGCUUUAGUGAAUGAGGUUCAUCCAAUCAAGUUACAACCCCACACACCCCUCUAUGUUUCUGAUUGUUUUGAGGAGAGCAGAGAGGAGAAACAAGCAAACACUCCCCACGUUAGGUGCCGUGUUGAUAUUAAGCCAGAUGCCUCAGUUCUCCAGCACACUGCACAGAAGAUGCCUACUCACAGAAGUAAUGUUCCCUGGCAGCUUUCCUCAACAUCAGGGAUCAGGAAUGUCUCAUUUUCAAGUCAGAUAUACACUUCUAGAACACCUACUCCCAGUGAGUGUUACAACGUGGACUACAGGCAAGCUUAUCAAUAUCCCAACAGCUCCCAUCAGUCUGGUAGUUACAUUCAAACUGGAGAGAACCCUUUUGGAAUGACUUCUCCUAGAGACACAAGGGACUACAGAACCUUGUCUAAUCCCAACAUCCCAACCAAGUUCUUCUACACGGAUGAUCCCUGCAGGUAUCCAGUUCACCCACCUAGUAGGAAAUAUUAUCAGGAUGACCAGUACAGUAUUAACAGCAGCAACAGCCAAAAUCCAUCCAUCAGUAGUCAGUAUAUACAUGACCCAAGGACUCGGUGGGUUCAUACUUUGCCUGUGCGUUCAUACUAUGCAGAUUCCCAUCGUGAACCCUUGGAUCCAUUCUACAGUAGACCGUAUUCAGUGAGUGAGCCAGGGCCAUACUUCAUAUCCACCCCUCAGAAUGAAACAUACUUUCAGGAGGAUCCAAGAGUAUAUGCCUUUCCCUCUGAGCCCUCAAGGAUGUUUUAUACAAAGCCUUGCCAUUACCCAGCAGACAAUCCUAUGAGAGCAUAUCAUACGGAGGGGCGGCGACCACGUAUGUCCCAGGCCUUUUCUGAUGACUGGAACCGGUCAAGCAUUGCUACAUAUUCCAGUCAGUAUGCAUCCUCACAGGCUACUCCACAGCGAGUGCCAUCAAUAAGCCCAUGGUAUCAUAAUGACUUUACUGAGCCAAGUCAUUUAAGAGCAGAUGUCCGGAACUACUCAAAAUCCUGGGACAACAUUAUUACCCCUCAUAUGGACAGAGAACAUGGCAUUUCACGAGGCAGGAGUUACGAGAACCUUUUCCAUCAUGGAAGGCCAGGAGUUCCCUCGGAUAAAAGUCAACAACCAAUUAUUGUGAACCUUUCUAGUUCGCCGAGACGAUAUGCUGCCUUGUCCCUCUCUGAAAACUGUCUAGAAAACUGUGCUGGUGAAAGAAAAAACAGUGUGAGGGGGCAAUGGUUUGUAACCCCAGAGAUUACAAUUACUGACAAUGACAUUCGUGCAGCAAAUAACAACAAGAGAGAUGGAGGAACUAGCAGCUGGAACAUCCAAAAUACAGCGGGAUGUCAAACUGCGAACUUGAACAACUUAAAAGGACCAGCAAACCCACCAGAAUCCACAGAGAGAAAGAACAAUAAUUACUCCCUGCAGCAAAGCCUUGAACAGCUUGAUGAGCUGCUAGCUGACCUAGUCAUCGAUUAUAAGCCUCAAAAUAGCAGGAGACCUAGUAAGGAUCGGAUAGACCAACUCAAACAAUUGAUUCAGAAUGAUGAGACCAAAGAAGGGAAGCGGGACAUAGAUCAAGAGGAUUCAGGAGUUUUGAACACACAAACGGACUCUUCAAAGACCAGCCCAGACACAUUUAAAGACCCAGACAGUGGUUGUGAGGGUUUUCAGAGGAGUGUUGAGGAUGUUUCUUUGAACCAUAUUACAGAGGAGGAUGACACUAUGGUGUGCUCCAACAGGAAAUGCUUACGCAAAGACACUACAUUCAAUGCUUGCUUGUACUUCAAGUCCUGCCACAGUUGUUAUACUUACUACUGCUCCAGGAACUGUAGGCGAGAAGACUGGGACAUUCAUAAAGAGAACUGUCUUUAUGGCCGCAUUAGUAGUGUUUGCAGGCACAUACUAAAACAUUGUCGAGAGAACUUUGAUGUACAUAAAGACUUUUCACGCAUUGCUAGGGUAGGGUAUCUGUCCCGUGGAAGAGGUGUACUGUUCUUGGGUUUUCCAAACCCUGGGUGUGCAGAUGACUUUAUUCAAGUUGGUCUUGACAGCCUUACUAUCUCUCCAACAUAUCUAUCCCUUCGAGAGUUAGACAGUUUCAAAGACAACCUUGGGCAGUACUACAAAGAGUUGCAGAUUGCAGGCAAGGAAUAUGACCCAACUGAAUGUUUCGUCCUGAAUGUAUCCAUUGCUGUUGGAGACCUAGUGCCUAAACUUCCUUCUCCCAAAUUACAAAUGCCAACAGUUCGCAAGUAUGCUAAGGUGUCAUUGGCCUCCUCAAGCCCAGAUAAGAAAAUAUUUAAGAAAGAAUGUGAAAUGGAGACUCUGAUUCUCACCCCACCCCCUGGGACAUCUGACCUUGACAAGGAAGGCCAAGAGGGCAGGAAAGCAAGAGAGAUUUGUUUCAUAAACAUUCAAAGAGAGCUUCGUACCCGGGGCGUAUUCCUUCGCCAUGAGUUUCCAAAAAUAUACAACCAGCUUUGUGAGUUUGUUGAGAGCAACAAAAGGUUUACCCCCACCACCAUCUAUCCCACUGACAAGAGAACCAGAAAGCAGUUCAUGUGUAUGAUCAUGGCAGCAUCUGAACCAAGGAUGCUUGACUGGGUUGGUGCACCACACCUUCUAGAUGACAUAAUUUAAUCCUAUGCAUCAAUAUAAUCAAGCUUUUUAAUAGUGAGACUAUAUUUAUUGUUUUUCUGUAUGGCACUAAAAACUAUAAUUAAUACAAGUUGCUUAAGGAAUAAAAAAAGCUAUUUACAGUACUUAUUAGAAGAUACAAGCACAUAUGCUUUAUCUUAAAAUCUGUUUACACAGAAUCAAGAUUUUUUUUUGCAUUUUCUGUGCUGAUAUUUGGGACAAAAUCUUUCUGCAGAAUGGAUUUAAACACUGUAAAAUCUGUUUAAUGGAGAUGAGAGCAAUGUACUCAUAGGCAAACAUCAAAAUAAGCUAAGUAUAAUAAACUCAAGGAGAGGAAGAUGUACAAAACUUUGUUAAAUGACAGAUGUUUCAAUUCUGUGGAAGUUGUUUAACUUUCUGUGAAUUAUGUGUGGGCCUGUUUAUAGCUAUAUUUCUUGUGCUAGUAUGUUGCAGUGAGGAUAUAACAACUAGGAAACUUUGGAGACCCCCUGGCAAUACAAUACAAUAUUGUCUAAAAGUCAUUGUCUUUAGCCCCUUGGGAGGAUAAAUAUGCACUUGCAUGGAGAAUGCAUGCUGGCAAGGAAAAAUGCAAAUUCACUUUAAAUUUUGCAGUGGUUUGUCAGUUUUUUUUUUUUAAUAAAUUGUAGUCAUAGAUAAUGAUCUGUAUGGCAGACAAAAGCAAAUGUUAGGUAAUGUAUUUUUUUAGACAAAUUCAAAUAAACUGCUUGGAAGAUUUCACAGUAUUGUACAUGGCAACUGCUUUCUGCAUUGUAUUAAUAUCUAUUCACAUUGUUAAAUCGGCUGAAAAUGUAACUAACUUUAUAUGACAGGAAAACUUUUAUCUUUGAGUUAUGCACAUUUUCAUUAUAUACAAAUGAGAUUACUUACUAAUUUAUUCAUCUGACAUGAAGGUUAUUAUCUGUAUUAUUUGAGUGUUUUAAUUUUUUAUUAUCUCAUGGUGUUUCAAUUGAAACACUUAUUGAAAUGUUAAAAAUCAUAAACAUUUAUAUAAAAUAUGCUAGUCUUAUUUUAAUCAUUUAUAAUGACUGACAAAACUUAGAUGCUUAUAUUUGAAAAGUAAUAUUUCAAUAACAAAAUAUAAAAUUUAAAAAAGAUUUAAACAACUGUGUAUAACACCAUUGUAUGCAGGACUGUGUUAGAUAUAGCACUUUAUAAAAAUCUGCUGAGGGAAAACAUAUUUAUGAACAAACCAUUUAGGUAAUGUUAUCAAUAGCAUGCACACAAAACCUUAAAAGACAGUGUUACUGUGUUUAUUUCUGUUGCCAUUUUUAUGCCAUUUAUUUAUUUACACUGUUCAUUACCUGUUGUGUUCUGUUGACAAGUGUUGCUUUAUUUCUGUAAAAUGCUCAAUAAAUGAAACACCCCGCAAGUC